GUGUUUGGAUGCAAGGCAUUCAUGCAUGUACCGAAGGAACAGAGAUUGAAGCUUGACUUCAAGACUUCUCCUUGUGUCUUUGUUGGAUAUGGUGAUGAAGAGUUUGGUUACAGACUUUAUGAUCCAGCAAAGAAAAGAGUUGUGAGGAGUAGAGAUGUUGUAUUUUACGAGCACGAGAUGGGUUUUCAUCUCUUAGGUGCUGGUAAUACCUAUUAUCCUAAUUUAUCUCAUGGUGCUAUUGAUAUGUCUCAUGUUUCUAUUCCAGAUGUUCAACAAACAGGUGAUGCUCCCGAUGAUGGUCAUGAAAGUACUCAUGAACAUGACCGUAUUGAAGAGGUACAACCAGAGAUUGUGCCACAACCUGAUGAUGAAGCUGUUGAAAUAGAAAGUGGAGAGUCUUCUAAUCAGGGGGAGCAAAACAGCCCAGAGGUGGAAGAGCCAACAUUGAGAAGGUCAACCCGAGUUCGACAACCUUCAAGACUUUAUCCAAGUUCAGAAUAUAUCCUACUCACUGAUGAGGGAGAGCCUGAAAGCCUUAAAGAG